AUGUCCUCCUCCGCCGCCUCUUACUUCUCCUACCCCGUCACCCACGUUGUCUCUGGUCUCUACCGUCGACUGACAGAACCGCCACGAUCACAACAACAACAACGACAACAACAACAACAACAACAACAAUCAUCAUCCCAAUCCAAUGCCAUGAACUCCCAUCGUCAUCUCCCUCCCUCUCAGACCUCCUCAUCCGCCUCCUCGCAGGUCUUCUCCCCCGUUCGCACCGCCUCACCCUUUCAACCACCCCCCCUCACCCCGCUGACCCUGACCGGCGACGAACACCACCACCACCAAUCCUCAUCAACCAGCCUACAGCGACAGCUGCUCUCGCGUGCUCUAGCUGAGGAGAUCCGUCUUCUGGUACCCGCAAGGCUCCAACUCGCCGACUCCUGGCGUCUUGCCUACAGUCUCGAUCGCGACGGCGCCUCCCUCGCCACCCUGUACGACCACUGUCGUGACAUUUCCGCCCGCAGCCCUCGCGCCGGCUACGUCCUCGUCGUUCGCGAUGCCUCCCCCGCUGGCGCCGUCUUCGGCGCCUACAUGACUGAUCCCCCCCAUCCUGGCCCCCAUUACUUCGGCACCGGCGAGUGUUUCCUCUGGCGCGCCUCCAUCCUCCCCUCUCGAGACCUCUCCUCCCUGGUACCUCACCAUACAACGGGACAUGCCAGUGGAAGUGCCGAUGAAGGAGAAGGAAAAGAAAGAGAAAGAGAAGGACCCCCCUCGGAGGAUCUCCUCGAAUUGGCCGGAUUGCCUCCCCGUCCGAGCGCAGAUACAACCCACGCCGGUCGAUGGUCGACCCUUCGUGGUGACAGAAGAGCCGCCGCCCCGAGAAGUACAACGCCUCAGUCGACAGAUCAUACUGGUAACCCCAGUGGCGCUAGCACCCCCGAUCGUAUCCGGUUCAAGGCUUUCCCCUACAGUGGCGUGAACGACUACAUGAUGUUCUGUGAGACGGGCUUCCUGAGUUUAGGAGGCGGUGAUGGGCGGUACGGCCUCUGGUUGGAUUCCAGUCUCGAAAAGGGAGUCAGCUCAGCCUGUCAGACGUUUGGGAAUGAACCGCUGUCCGACGAAGGGGGAAAAUUCGACAUCAUCGGCGUGGAGGUGUGGUAUGUGGGUUCCUGA